UAACACGACACUUUAAUUCCUAAGGAGCUGGCACUUCUUUCUUCUUUUUUGGUUCCAUUGAUCUGAAAAAAUAUAAACACAAAAGCAAAAGAACAAAUAUAAACCCAAACACAAAAAAUAUUCAUAAGUUCUAAAAGAAUACUACGAUGGACCGUCAAUUUUUUCUUCUUCUUUUAUUUUCUCUCUGUUUCCUUUCCAUUUUCCCUGAUCUGUCUCGUUCUACUUCUCUUCGAUUCUCCGGUUGGCAUAAUGAUAAAAAAACAAAAUCGUCGGUGCUGAAAUUGCUGACUGACCGUUCUUCCCCUACAAUUGAUCCGACCCGGGUUACCCAAAUCUCCUGGCGCCCAAGGGCUUUUGUAUAUAGCAACUUUUUGACAGAUGAGGAAUGUGAUCAUUUCAUCACCCUGGCUAAAGAUAAGCUCGAGAAGUCCAUGGUGGCUGACAAUGAAUCAGGAAAAAGCGUUGAGAGUGAAGUUCGGACAAGCUCGGGCAUGUUUCUUAGAAAGGCCCAGGAUCAAGUAGUUGCUAAUGUGGAGGCUAGGAUAGCUGCCUGGACGUUCCUUCCUGAAGAGAACGGGGAAUCUAUUCAGAUAUUGCAUUACGAACAUGGCCAAAAGUACGAGCCACAUUUUGAUUAUUUUCAUGACAAAGUCAAUCAAGAGCUAGGCGGUCAUCGGGUGGCUACUGUUCUUAUGUAUUUAUCUGAUGUUGAGAAGGGUGGGGAAACAGUUUUUCCUAAUUCAGAGGCAAAAAAAACUCAGCCAAAGGGUGAUGACUGGUCUGAUUGUGCUAAAAAAGGAUAUGCAGUAAAACCUAGGAAGGGUGAUGCAUUAUUGUUUUUCAGUCUACAUCCCGAUGCAACAACUGAUCCUCUAAGCUUGCAUGGAAGCUGCCCUGUUAUUGAAGGUGAGAAGUGGUCUGCUACAAAGUGGAUUCAUGUGAGGUCCUUUGAAACACCAUCAAGUGUUUGUAAGGAUCAGAAUCUGAACUGCCCCCAGUGGGCUACUGCUGGUGAAUGUGAAAAGAAUCCUCUAUACAUGGUGGGUUCUGAAGAUUCUGUAGGUCAUUGUAGGAAGAGCUGCAAGGUUUGCUCCUGAUAGGAAUAUGCACACAAAAAUUUCUAUUACAUAUAAGUAAUACAGCAAUCCUAUCCUUAAUCUUUGUAUAUCUAGGUUUGUACAUUUAGUACCUUUUAGACAGAUCAAAGUAAAAAGGAAUUUUUUUUUUACCCUUGACGGAUUGAUUAAGUGAGAAUUUUUCGUGAUAGUAUUGAUACUGGUCAAGGUUUUGACAUUACCCUCAAUCUUGGCCUCCUUGUUUCUUC